AUGGCACCUCCGCCUGUUGUUGCAACCAACACAUCCACCGGCGCCACUGCGCCCCCUGUACCCGCAACCUCACUGGGUAAUACCAACAACGUACCGUUAGCUGCACAAAACUACGUCCCAUUUAUCAACGACGACAUUCUCCCCCCUAAUCCAAACGGACCCAGAUCGGUAUAUCCCCCAUUUAGCAACCGCUUUGCCACAGGAGAAGAAGCCAAGGCCUGGCGCAAACGUUCACGCGGAAUGAUCAAGGAAGGAGCACCAGAUCUCUUGCGGGUAAAGCAUUUCGGACGUGAUUACUGGGUCCGCCGCAUCUACGAAUCCAUGAUCGAUGUUUCCAACAUAGACGAUGGCAAAGAUUCGCCCCACCGCCGCCGUAUUGUGAAAGACCAAGCCCAUGAGCCCUGGGACCUCGAAGCCACGGCACACCACAUCUUUGACCGCGCCGUCGCUGUGCACGAGGUUGGAUGGAACAGGUCGAUGGUUUACUACAAGGAAGCCAAGCGGGGAAAGCUUAUUGAUCUGGGCGAGAAGUGUCUGGAGAAGAGACUCACGUGUAUUUGCAUGGCGCUGCAGCAGCAAAAGGCCGUCGUAGAUGAUGCGGUGAGAGGUGGUAUCACACUGAGGCUGUUGUGCGAUAACCCUACGGCGAGGGCGGCUACCAAGAAAUCGAACAAUACGGGGAAUAGGAAGAGGGGGAUGAAGCUGAAGGCUCUGAAGGAGUUGGGUAUUAAGGUUCCUGAUGUGCCUAAGGAGGGUGAGGAGCCUGAGGAGCUUGAGGAGCCUGAGGAAUCUGAGGAAUCUGAGGAAUCCGAGGGACCUGAGGAAUUUGAGUAA